CGGAGGACUAAUUUUUCUCUCCAUUUUUCAAUCUCCAUGGCUGCUGCUUGUUUCUGAUUUUUGCUAACUUUAGAAGCAAAGUGACCACCUUAUCCCCAAUAUUAAUAAUUUAAUACUCCGUACAUGUAUUUUUUGUUUUUUAAAUCGGAUAAGACAAUCUUGUUCGUAUUCAUCUUCUCCGCCGCUGCCGACGGCGCGUGGACGAUAUCCUCCGUCUAUUUUUGCUAGAAGCUGAAAACUGCUCUGAGAGAGAAAUGAUGUGGGAUGACUGGGACGGCGAUUUUCGACUAUCACAGAACGGUGAAGAUCGCGGCCACGAAGCUCGACAGGAGGAGGAAGGGCAACGCCGCCGAGGCGAGGAGGAGCACGACGAGUCUUCUCACUUUGACUUCGAUUUAUCAUCUCUCAUUCCUAAGCCUAAGAAUUAUUAUCACAUACUGGAAGUGGACUACGAUGCUACUGAGGAAGUCAUUCGAUCCAACUUUAUCCGUCUCGCUCUGAAAUGGCACCCAGACAAGCAGAAAGGGGAGGGCAGUGCCACCUCAAGAUUUCAAGAGAUAAAUGAAGCUUACCAAGUUUUGAUAGAUCCGGAGAAACGCCAGGAAUAUGAUACAAACGGGUUGCCCUGCGUCCUAGACAGCAACAUAGCAGACUAUCUAAACCGUUACAAGGGACUUAUUCUGACGUGCAAUGGUCUUGGCAUGAAGCACUAUAUAUUGUAAACAUAAAAACACAACAAAUAUUCUUGGGGAGAUUUUGCAAGCAACGGAUUUUGUCACACCUCCCUUUUUAGGGAAUGCCCACAUCCCUACCACCAGAAGUUGCUGCUUUCAUUGUACAUAUAUAUCAUAUAUAUAUAUAUAUAUAUAUAUAUAUAUAUAUAUAUAUAUAUAUUUGUAACUAUUAUCUAAUCUAUGUAUGUGAGGUUGUCGCUUUGUGCACAAGUUCUUUAUCUUUUAGAGGAACAAGUGUGAUGAAGCCUGGUAGCCUCCUGUUGUUGUUUUCAUCUGUCCAUGUUGCUGCACCGGAAAUGCGAGAAACUAUAAAGUUUUGGUGAGUUUCUUACAACCUCUUCAUGAGCUUUUUCCUCAUAUGAUGAGCAAGAAGCAAACUUUGGCUAUGCAUUACUAUGGCAAAAUAAAAACAUGUUGCCAUUGAUUGAAUCAUGAUGAAUAAAACUUCCGGGUGUCACGUUUAUAUUGAACGGGUUU